AUGUGUGACUAUUUAACACAAAACCAGGCUAUUCAACUUGACAAAGACUUAAUGGGAAAGUACUGUUACUCAUUGAGUCAGUUAAUGGAAGUUGCCGGUCUUUCUUGUGCGCAAGUCUUGAGUGUUGAAUAUCCCGUUGAACACUAUCCGACUGUUUUUGUAGUUUGUGGUUCAGGAAACAAUGGAGGUGAUGGUCUGGUCGCUGCAAGAUACUUACAACAGUUUGGGUAUAAUGUUAUAGUAUACUACCCCAAACAUUCAAAAGACGAACAUUUGUGUUUGUUAGUAAAACAAUUGGAACAAAACUCGAUUUUAGUUGAAACUGAAUUUACGUGGCAUCCUGAAGUAAGUGUCAUCUUAGAUGCAAUUUUUGGGUUUAGCUUUAAAGCUCCUAUUCGUGGUAUUUUUAAAGAAGUUAUAGACAAGAUAAAUAAUGAAAGUAUACCCGUUGUCUCAGUAGAUAUCCCUUCAGGUUGGGACGUCGAGAAAGGAUAUACAGGCGAAGGAAUACUCGCUCCAAAAGUACUUGUCUCCCUUUCUUAUCCAAAACUCGGCGUAAGGGAUUUUAAAGGAAAACAUUAUAUAGGAGGAAGAUUUAUACCUCUUCAAAUGCAGAAAGAUUUGGGCUUGCACCUCCCCUACACAACAUCAUCCUUGUUCACAACACUCAAUUGA